AUGGCUUCUCAUGGUUGUGACAAACCUGAUCCUAACUUGGACAAAGAAAUAAAUAUUAAAGUAAUAUUCCAAGAUAUUAAAACACCACAAGUUGAACUCCUCAAUCAAAUGAGUGACAUCACUAUAAUAUCAAAAGUCCCAAGUUAUGAGAAGCAAAUGGAGAUCCUAAAAACCAUAACAAAUGUUAACAAAGACAAAUAAGCCACAACCACCAAAGAUCCCUCCAUGAGGAAAGACUGGGCAAAAUCAAAUAUUUACAAUUACCCAGACUUUGGAGCAUGGGUCAAUUUAGCUUUUGUUGAUGGUGGAAAGCUUUUCUUCAAUACUACCAUGUUAGAAGAACUCAAGAAGUGGCUUUUUUUUAGGCCAUGCAUCUGUUCUGAGGAACCACAAAUAAUACCCCAGGGAGCCUAUCCCUUCACUACACUUGCUAUGGUGGAUAACACAGUGGUUCCUUUAGCAAAAGCAAGACAGUGGCACCAAAUUGCAAGGGGGUUUUUUUUCUUUGACAAAGAAAAACUGCUGCUUCACAAAUGUAAUUUAAGUUUCGAGGAAAAUCGCUUCAUUCUUGUGGAUUUGGAAAAGGUAGAUCAUUUCACUCUUCCACUAUUCUGCACACGGUCCCAGAUGCUGUUAAGUCUCCAGAUCCUGACCAAUGGGAGCGGCCCCAGCCCGGAGCUCUCCGCGGGGGCCACACUGCCAACGCCGGGAGGCGCUCGCCGACUCACACUCCGUGGUCCUCCCGGCUUCCACUUUCCAGAUGCUUGGUAA